UCUCCAUGAUGACAGCUAUAAACCGAAACAAGCUGUGAUCUCACAUCAGAACCCCACAGAUGAAACAGCAACCACUUUGUCUCUCAGUAAUGAAACUGAGGAGUCAUCCAACAAUACCUCAAUGAUCGUGCCAGUGUGGGUUUCUUCUGACAACAAUCCAGGUAUGGAAAAGCUUGUUUACGCCCUACUAGACACACAAAGUGAUACAAUCUUUAUCGACAAAGAAGUUAGCUGUAGCUUGCAAACCAAGGCACAUCCUGUAAGGCUGAAGCUAACUACCAUGAUCGGAAAGGAUGAAUUACUGCACAGUGAAAGGGUCUCAGGUCUCAGAGUGCGUGGUUAUGACUCAACGGUCCUCAUUCAUCUCCCUCCGGCCUACACCAAGGACUGUAUUCCAGUGAAUCGAACACACAUUCCUACCUGUGAAACGGCAAGGCAGUGGAGUCAUCUGAAAACAAUCGUAGAUGAAAUUCCACCACAGCUAGAGUGUGAAGUUGGUCUGCUAAUAGGAUACAACUGCUCAAGGGCAAUGGCACCACGGCAAGUAAUCUUGGGAGGAGAUAAUGAACCUUACGCAGUUCGCACAGACCUAGGAUGGAGUAUUGUAGGUUGUUUACCACCUCAUCUUGACACACCAAGCACAACCAAUAUGUGCCACAGAGUUGCAGUCAGAGAGCUUCCACCAGUGACUCCAUCAGAUGCUCUCAAGGUUCUUGAGUAUGACUUCAAAGACAGCAGUAAAGACACUAAGACUGUCUCUCAAGAUGACAUCUUCUUCUUGAACAGUCUAAAGGAAAGUAUUCAGAAGAACACAACUGGCCAUUAUGAAAUGCCACUCCCCUUUAAAGAAAGACCCUGUCUCCCUGACAAUAAGCAACAAGCAGUUGUCCGACUCAGUCACCUUAAAAGAAAACUGCUUAAGGAUGAGAACUACAAGGCACAGUACGUGAAGUUCAUGAGUGAGGUCAUUGAAAGGGGAGAGGCAGAAGAAGUUCAUGAUAAAGGGAAGGAAGGAGAAAAAUGGUAUAUUCCUCACCACGGCGUACACCACUCCAAAAAGCCAGGAAAGCUUCGUGUUGUGUUUGACUGUUCUGCUAAGCACAGGGGAACAAGCCUUAACGACCAUCUGCUGUCAGGUCCGGAUCUGAUAAACAAUCUUGCAGGUGUACUCAUCAGAUUCAGGCAACACAAUAUUGCAUUGAUGUGUGAUAUUGAAAAAAUGUUCCAUCAGUUCUACGUGAAAGAAGCUGACAGAGACUACUUGCGGUUUCUCUGGUGGAAAAAUGGAGACCUGAGUGCAGAGCCAAAGGAGUACCGCAUGAAAGUUCAUCUCUUCGGUGCCGCAUCGUCACCUGGAUGCGCCAAUUAUGGACUGAAACAUCUAGCUAAGGAGAAAGAGAACCUGUUUCCCCUCGCCUCACAGUUUGUUAUGAGGAACUUCUAUGUCGACGACGGUGUCACAAGUAUUGCUAACGAAGAAGAAGCUAUUCAGCUUGCAAGAGAAGCUCAAGAACUCUGCACUACUGGCGGUUUGAGACUGCACAAGUUCAUAACGAACAACAAAUCAGUGCUACAAAGUAUCCCCCCAUCUGAGCGUGCCAUCGAAGUAGAGGCUCUUGACCUUACCUUCAAAGACUCCAUUGUGGAGAGAGCCUUGGGGAUCCACUGGCACAUUGAAUCUGACACUUUCAGAUUUCAAAUCUGUCUGAACGACCAGCCAGCAACACGUCGAGGCAUUCUUUCCACAGUAGCCUCCAUUUUCGAUCCGCUGGGCCUAAUUGCUCCAGUACUGCUUGCAGGGAAAAGAGUGCUUCAGGAAAUGUGUCGACAUGGCACAGGAUGGGAUGACCCUCUGCUUGGCGAACUACAACCAGUUUGGGAACGCUGGAAGGUCGAUCUUGCAAACUUAGAGAAAAUCAACAUACCUCGUUGUUAUGUACCAGCUGACUUUGGACAAGUUCUGAGAAUAGAGCUACAUCAUUUCUCAGAUGCAAGCACAUACGGAUAUGGCCAGUGUUCAUAUUUGAGACACAUUAGUGAAGAUGGAAGAGUUCACUGUGCUCUGGUAAUCGCAAAGUCAAGAGUAGCUCCUAUCAAGGUCACAACAAUCCCACGGUUAGAGUUGACGGCUGCAGUGGUUUCGGUUGCAGCAAGCAACACACUGAAGGAGGAGCUCGGCCUUGAAGACACUGAUGAAUACUUCUGGACUGACUCAAAGGUGGUCCUGGGGUAUAUCAACAACGAGGCACGUCGCUUCCACACGUUUGUGUCGAACAGAAUACAAAGGAUACACCUGAGCACAACUCCUCAGCAGUGGAGAUAUGUUCCGACAGACAAAAACCCUGCAGACCUUGCUUCAAGAGGUUCCAAUGCAAGUGAACUUUGCUCAUCAAGUUGGUUUAAAGGACCUCAGUUCUUAUGGGAGAAGGACUUACCUCCAGCUGCAGAUGUCUUCACAGAAACACCGGUGGGAGACCCUGAAGUGAAAAAGGUGCAGAUACUGAAUACUCAAACCAAAGAGCAAGUGAUUCUAACAGACCGCUUGUCAAAGUUCUCUUCAUGGUACAAAGUCACACAAGCUGUUGCACGUCUUCUCAGAUGUGCCAAGGGUGACAAGUCAACAGGCCACAGCACGGUGCAAGAGCGAGAAGAUGCUAAGUGCAUCAUCAUAAGGGACUUACAAAGGCAAGCUUAUCCAGAAGAGGUCAAGUUGCUCAGCAAGGGAACACGUCUUCCAUCACAAAGUAAGCUUUACCACAUGGACACCUUUCUUGAUCAAGAUGGAAUCCUCAAGGUGGGAGGAAGACUGAAAAACUCAACACUUCCUACCUCACAGAAACAUCCACUGAUAAUUCCAAAAGAUCAUCACAUUACCAAACUGAUAAUAGCCCAUUAUCAUGAAAAAGUCCAACACCAAGGAAAGGGUCUGACUAUCAAUGAGGUACGAUCAAAUGGAUUCUGGAUUCCAGGAAUCAACAGAACUGUUGCUGCAUAUCUGAGUCAAUGUGUGACAUGUCGUAAACUCAGAAGAUUUGUGGAAGAGCAACGAAUGGCAGAUCUACCAUCAGACCGGGUCAAUCCAUCUCCGCCAUUCACUUAUUGCGGAAUGGACUGCUUCGGCCCAUUUCACACUAAACAAGGACGCAAAGUGUACAAACGAUAUGGACUGCUUUUCACCUGCCUUUGCUGUCGAGCCGUCCACAUUGAAAUGUUAGAUGACAUGUCAACAGAUGCCUUCAUCAACGGCCUUCGAUGUUUCAUAGCCUUGAGAGGAGCAGUUCGUCAAAUACGCUGUGACCAAGGGACAAACUUUGUUGGAGCUAAAAAUGAACUGAGUGCAGCACUAAAGCAAAUGGAUGGCAACCGCUUGACCACAUUUCUUGCUGAGAAGCAGUGUGACUUUGUUAUGAAUGCUCCACAUUCAAGCCAUGCAGGAGGCGUCUGGGAGAGACAAAUCCGAACGGUCAGGAAUGUUCUUCGCUCCACACUUUCACUCUCAACAGGCAGACUGGACAAUGCCUCUCUGCGGACAUUCUUCUAUGAGGCUAUGGCUAUUGUGAAUAGUCGUCCACUCACAGUCGACAACCUGAGUGAUCCAGAUAGUCCUGAGCCACUAACACCCAAUCACCUGCUUACCAUGAAACCUGUGGUCGCUCUACCUCCAUCAGGCAGAUUCAUCAGAGAAGACAUGUAUGCAAGGAAGAGGUGGCGUCACGUUCAAUACCUUGCAGAGCAAUUUUGGGGUCGUUGGAAAAGAGAAUAUCUUUCAAAUAUUACCACCAGACAGCGCUGGCAUUCACCGAGAAGAAACCUGGAAGUUGGCGACAUAGUCAUGGAUAAAACAGAAGAUCUUCCAAGGAAUGAGUGGAGAUUGGCUAAAGUUUUAGAGACAAUGACUGAUGCUGAUGGACUUGUGAGAAGAGUAAAGAUUCGUCUUGGAGACCAGAAGAUGGGACGGGAGGGUCAGCGUUCUGGCAAACCAUCUGUCGUUGAACGCCCUGUUCAAAAGCUGGUCCUGCUCCUAGAGACUGUUUAACAGCCAUCUUGAAUCCCUUACAGUGUAAUGAUCAUUUGAGUAAAUCAUUCGUGUUUAUACAUCCCAUAUUGUUCUUUGAAACACUCAUAAUUUGGUGGGAGUGUAAGUAACUCAAAUUCAUUGUCUGUCAUGUUAACUUUAUUUUGAAGGUAUCUUUCCGAUUUUUUUGUUUCCUUUAAAGAUCAAUGCUUUUAUUUUUGAAAGUUACAAACCGGAAGUUGAAAGGUUCGAAGGCACGUGAAGGCUGAAUGAAUGAACGUCUUUAUUUUAUUACAAGUAAAUGAAGCACCUGGUUGAAGGAGGCAUAAGCUCUUACGGUGUGUUCACUAUGUUCAUGGAUGUGGAAGGAAAAAUUCUAAAUAAAACUAUGUGAACCAUCA